AUGGAUGAAACUGUUCGAAGUAUUUUAGCCCAGGCUAUCCGAGAUGCCUUCGCGUCUUCUGGUAUCGAUCCUAACGAAGAGUACAUUGAUUCAUUGAUUUCUAAAGUCGAUAAUGAUGUUUUUGGCACCAGUGAUGGAACUGAAGACUCCAUCUUAGAAAUAAACGGCGAAAUUCUUCACUGCGGAAGCGAGCCAUAUGCUAUCGUUUCUCAUGCCCUUUCCUUAGUCGAUGUCAUUUAG